AUGGCCCUAUCGUCUUCAUUUCUCAGUCUUGAACAAACAAGUGAAAAAUGUUUAUUAUGUGAUGGUUCUUUUUCGCAAAAAGAUUCCCAAAAAAGUUUUUCACAGCAAGGAUGGGAGAACUUGAAGAGGAUUGCAGAAGAAUGGAACUGUAUUGAUAUCGAUCGAAAUGACAAGUAUUUCUCUUUUCGUUAUGUUCACUCGCGAAUUGGUGAUGUUAUUGAAGCAUUUGGUAAAGCUCAUAAAAAUUGUAGUAUUACAUUUGGAACGAAAGUGGAAAACUACAGGAAAAGAUACGGAGAAAUUAAGACAAGUGUUCUCGAACAAGAAUCAGAGGAUCUAACAAGUGAUGUUCAGACUAGAAGAUCACAAAGAGAAGCCAAAAAAAGAAAACAAAUUUGUUUUAUUUGUAAUGAAAGAAGGGAAACGGACGGUGGAUCAUAUAAUCAAGCUGGACUUGGACUGAGCUGUUUAUUUCUAAACCGACUUGCCGAUUUCACGAGGCUUGCAAAAAGACUGCAGGUAUUGAAAGGUGGACAGUCUUUUGAUCUUUAUGCCAUUGAUAUUUAUUAUCAUAAAAACUGUUACCUUAAGUAUGCAAUAAACCAGCCUUCGAGUAUUGAAGAAGAACAAGAAUCUUCGAAAGACAAAGAAAAGCAAUUCAUAAUCGAAGAGUUCUUCAGAAUAGUUGGAUGGAAAGUAAUUGGGAAGAAGGAGGCAUAUCUUCUCCACCAGUUAUUAUCAGACAUAAAGGUUAUAUGCGAAGAAAAUAACUUAGAGCCUGCUUUCAUGCACACUGUGUCAUUGAAGAGAGAAUUGGUGAAGCAAUUUGGAUCUGAGAUUGAUUUUUUUACAACAGGGAAAUACGUUAUUGUUCAUUCGGCGCUCAUGAAUCCCUGCGAGUAUAGCGUUGCAACACUGCUUGGCCAUGGACUGAGGGAUAUGGAUCACAUUCGUUCGUUUGCAAAUUUCAUCAAGAGCAAAGUCAAAGAGCGAGAGCCAGAAAGUUUACCAAAAACUCCUGAUAAAAUGAUCGCAGACUUCAACAAGGGCCCGAUGCCUGAAUUAUACAAUAUUAUAUAUGCCACGAUGUAUCCGAAUUUUAAGACCAAUGAUGAAGGUUAUGCCAUUACGCAGUCAAGUAACAUUGCCAAUAAGAUUUGGUCAAUAGCAUCAGAUUGGCAGUCGCUAAUCACUCGCCAGAAGAAUGUAAAACAAGCCAUGCUAGGACUGACAAUACACAGACUUACUGGUAGUAAAGAGGCAGCCGCACAUCUUCACAAUCUUGGCCAUUCAAUUUCGUACAAUGAAAUCAAAAAAUACAAUGAUGCAUGGUCCUCCGCUCAGAUUGAAGUACACAAACGUUUUGUGAAAGGAUACCCUCUACAUUCGACCAUUGAUAACAAUGAUGGCCGCCAGGAAACUCUUACCGGUGUUGGAACCACUCAUGAUACGAACAGCACACUGUUUCAGCCAUUUAUUCCAGGUGACAGCAUUCUUCAUGAAACGAAAUCAACAAUUCAAGAACUAGUUCCCUGUGAGGAAAUUGUUACUAACAAUAUUGAAGAAUAUCAUCUUGGUGCGAGAGCGGAUCCUCUUGCAUUUCCCGCUUAUCAGGAUGAUGAAGGCACAGAGCUCCUUGAAGAAAGCUUUCGCAGAGAUGUAGCGUGGUCAUUAGCAAGUGGUCUGCCUGCUACUGACGGUGAACCUGAUUUACCAAUGUUGGGGUCUUGGACUGCUUUCAAUAGAAAGGUUUCUGAUCGCAAGCAGAAAAAAUCGCUCAUUGAAUACAUGCCUGUAAUAAAUCAACCACCCGAUAUUUCAGUAUGCAAGAACUAUCUUGACACCCUCAAACAUUUACAUACGAAAUGACCUGUCCUGGAAAUCCAUUCUGGCCAUGCCACCAAACUUGCUUUCUUUCUGCCUAACUUCUACUUUCAAUGUUCUACCUUCACCUAUCAAUUUAAAACGUUGGAAAAUUUGCAAUAAAUCCAGUUGCACCUUGUGUGUAAAACAAUUAUGCACCACAGCACAUGUCUUAUGUUUUUGCAAGAUUGCCCUUUCUCAAGGCCGAUUUACUUUUUUACACGAAUACAUUCUUCGCGAGUUUUUUUCAAACAAGAGUUUCUCAAAAAUUACGCCAUCUCCGUAAAGU